UAGAAUUACUGCCCUUUGUUUAUACUGCAGAAUAUUUCGAAAUAGGUCAUAUAGAUGUGAAUUUUGUACGGGAAGAAUGAAUGUCAACAUUUAAUGUAAUAUGAUGUUUAUUGUGGUUUGAUCAGCACAUAACAGAUGUCAAGUAAUAGGAGAAACUGUUGCAGAAAAUGCUGUGGAUUUUUUGGAUCAAUUAUCUGCCCAGGUCAAGUACCAGAAGAACAUAAAACUAAAAUAACUAAUACAAACAGAGUCUAUAUUCUUUGGAUUGUACUGAUAGCUAUAUUUUUGACAGCUGGUUUAGUUCAGCUCCUUCAUAAAAACAAUCAAUUUAACGUUAUAACAGUCCAGGAUCAAAGGUACUAUGUAGACUGGUUUUCUAAUAAAUGGUGCAGUGGUGUAAAUAUAACCAGUAAGGGGUAUCCAGUCGAAGUGAAUGCCUAUCUGUUACCGAAACUAACAUCUAGUAAGGGAGUAUGUCAACAAUCUACAGAUACAGUAAGUCGAAUUAAUAAAAAACCUGUUCCGGGAAAUGAUAUUUACUACCUAAGGGUGUCCUUAAGGCAAGGAGACAGGAUUUCUGGAAAAAUUUGUGCACCAUCAAUUGAAAAGAUAUACAUAUUUACAAGGUUAAUGGACUUUAAGUCAUGUAUUCUGACUGAUGCCUGGACGAGAUGUGGAUUAAAUGGACCAAAACGUUACGUCAUAGAUUCAUCAUGUACAGGCUACAAUACUUUUGACAACGCGUUUCAAUUACCACCGAAAACAAUGAAAAAAUCUGGAUAUUUGUAUUACGUUUUCUACAACAAGCUUGCAACCACAUCUUUUGUGUCUGCCAUUUUUACGAAACGUUUAUUGAACAUGAAACUUGUAAAUAGAGCCCAGAGAACUUGUCUGGACCAAACACUUUGUCAGCUCGACUACGGUUCUAUUUAUGAUUCGUAUGCUGUAUGCUUUGAGGCCGUUCGUAAAAGUCCGUUUUCAUGGCACCCAGAUGUUGACAACAACGUGAAAGUAGCAUGCAGACGUCGUCAAUGGUUUUAUGUUUUACUAUUUUUUGUCGUUCCUUUCAUUAUAGGGAUAUUAGGUAGUGUGUUAAUCUGUUUACGUUGUAAACAUAAUUCAUCAGUUGUUGAUCGACAUCGAAUGGAUUCUGCAGGUAUAGGGUAUUCCGAUAGACAUAUUGAACGUUAUACGGUAACGAACAAUAACAACCGAUUCUCGAAUAUACAUGAUGAUUAUAGAAAUACAUUUAACAGACAGGAAUUUACAAAUGAUAUCAAUGGAGAUAUUACAGACCACGAAACUAUAGACCUAAACAGGGAAUCAGUUGAUCGACUCGGGAACAACCGAUUCACGAAUAUACAAGAUAAUUAUAGAAAUACAUUUAACAGACAGGAAGUAACAAAUGAUACCAUUGGAGGUAUCACAGAUCAAGAAACUAUAGAUCUAGACAGAGAAUCAGCUGAUCGACACGUGAAUCAUUUAUCGCCAAGUUUACAUAACCCGCCCCCAUCUUACGACAGAGAAUCAGCUGAUCGACACAUGAAUCAUUUACCGCCAACUGUACAUGACCCACCCCCAGCUUACGAUGAGGUAAUGAAAGGAACACCUGUCUAGCAAUUUAACGCGGGGGAAAAGUAAGCAGGCGUUGCAACAGCUGGAAAUGAUUAUCAGUCUGUGGGAAAUUCCCACUGCGUCUUCCAAGGGGAACCUUCUCUAAAUCUGCCUCUGACCUGCAUUAUCGUGUUCGACUGAAACAUCGACGGGACUGUAUGUAAAUGAUCUAUUAAGGAAGGUUUUUAAAAAAAUAACUUUGCCUGUGACGAACUUAAGUUAAUACACUGAAUACAACUGAGAUACAAAUUAAUAUUCUGCAAUACAAAAUCGGCAAACACAUGUGUACAACAGAAAAAAUGUUUUUAAGCAUUGAAAUUUUCGAAUUAUAGAAUUAAGCAUGGUUCAGUUUUUGAUCUGUAAUACCUUCAAGAUUGAUUUUUAGUAAAAGGGAUUGAUAUGAUCACAACAUGAUACAGAUCAAGGAUAUGUGUUAUCGGAAAUAAUUUAUUCUUUCCGUUUUUAACAUUGGUGUUGUUUUUUACACUUAUAAAGCGUAUACAUAAUAAUAUAUAAGUACAUCUUUUUUUUAUUUCUUUUAUUUUGUAAUUUUCAAGAAACGCCUCCCUAGUUAAAAUUCCGGCACUUGACAUCCCUUUUUUAAAGGGAGUGACCAUACAAUUUCAAAGGGGGUUAGUUUUUCCCAAAAAAAUAUGAACGAUAUAUUUACUUCUUUGUUCAAAACAACUGCAUAUGUACUGAUUCGAUUGGGUCUAUAAUUUAAACCACAAUAAUCUCGCACAAAUUUAAGAAUAUAGCCGCUUGCUGUUAUACGGAUGGUAUAAUAAAUAGGCGUGAAUGGUGUGCGGAUGCUAUUACAAAUAUGUGUGAAUGUUGUACAAGUAGUCUGAAUGUCAACAUGUUAUGUUAUAGUAUAUAAUAAUAAAGUAAUAAAAAUGCUAUUUUUUACAUUUUUACCUAUUGUGUCUGUUUGUUUCAUUGUCAAUAAAAUUUGAACUUGA